AGUAUUUAAUGAUGGUGCUCGCCGAGCUUUGCAGGUGCCCGGGCGAGUUGCAGCUCGAGCGCGAUGGUCGCCCGCACCCAGCUCGCUAUAGAUCCGGUGCGAUUUAAAACGAUUAUGAGUUAACAAAUGCCUACAAGACUGCCGAAUCAGAACUGCGAAUGUCACAAGUUCAGCGUCACGCCGUGAGUCGUCAUGCCGUGACGUCCGGCUGGGGCUUACUGAAGGACUUGCCGUUUUCCACUGAAAACAUUUCGUGCAUCAAUUGAUACUGCACCUGCACGCGACGUUUAAUCUUUUAGUCUGUUUCGGCGAACUCGAGUCGGAUGCCACUGUUGAAGUUUAGCGCAAAGCGGUCUCAGCUUUGCAACCUCUGACGCUGUAGCAAGCGAUAUGGAAGGAGCAACACACUCUCCCGAUGACGAUGGAGUUGCGCGCGGGCCCCGACCGGGCCAUAAUCCGGAGGCGUCGGCGGCCGCCGUGGAGCGCCCAAGAGGAACGGCUCCUGGUUGAGAAACACGCCCAGCUCGGCAAUGCAUGGAUGGAGAUUUCCGAGUUUCUCCCGGGCCGUACGGCAGGGGAGGUAAAGAACAUUUACCAUUCGACGCUCCGCGCAUCACGCGAUCCGGGACGCUCGCUUCUGCGCUCCUACUGCAUGCAAAUACACGGCCGCGAGGCUGACGCAAAGCUGCGGCGUGAGGCGCUUCGAAGCGCAAUGCGAGCCAUGGCGCCGCAGGGCGCGGUCGCUUCCAAGGCGCUGCGACAGGCUGCCGACGGCCUGGAAUAUGGGGAAGCCGACGACGAGCCCGGGGCGAAUGUGGCCGCCGCAGCAACCAUGCGACUGCCGUGUCUCUUAGACGCGGGCGUCGUGGAUGCAAUGCUUGCCAGCAGAGACGCCGGCCUGGCGCAGCUGCGGCUACUGGCGGCCGCUACCGGCGGCGACGACUGGGAGAGCGACGAGGGCAGCGGCGGCGGCGGCGGUGUGGCGGUGUGUCCAGGACACAUUGACGCUGGCGCGGCGGGCACGGUAUACGACAGACUGCCACGCCUUCUUUGCGCGGGGCUUGGGUCCGGCGCCGCGCCACCGCAAGCUGGAAUGAAGCGGGCUGCGCCCGCUGCAGUUGAGACCCAGCUGCAACACAGUCCCUCGACCGGCAGUGGCGACGCCAGCGAAAUGCCUGCUGAGGAUAUCAAGCGCGCACGCAUGGCACUGUUGCCAGAUGGCGCAGAUCCGGAUGUGGGCUUGGGCCGCCUGUCGAGCGGCGGGCAGCAGGCUCACGAGAGGCUGUUGGGGGCGGCCAGCCUGCGUGAUGGGAACACCCGUUUGCAGACACUAGACCUCAGCGGCGGUGGAGCGGGUCCCGGGGCCGCGGCCCACAGGCUGCUUGCACAGCAGCUGCAGGUGCUACAACAGGCUCACCAUGCACAGCAGCUUCAGCAGCAGCUGCGUGAGAUGCAGCAGGGGCAGGGGCAAUCACUGCAGCUGCCAGACGCUGCGCUGCUGCAGUUGCUGGGUGGCGAGGUGCAAGCCCGCAGCCGGGCGCCGCUCGACAGCCUGCAGGCAAUGGUUGAUGGCACGGCGCAAGCUGCCGCUGCUGGCCAGACAGACAACGCACCAACGGACAACCCGGAAGCUACACCUGCCGCGUCGGCCGGCGCCGGUUCAGGGCCCCGCAACACGCGCGGCCGCAACGGCGGAGGCUGCAUUAGCCAGAACGCCGACCCAACUGGGCCUGCAGCAAUGCCGUCAACACAGCAGCGGCAGCAGCAGAAGCAGCAGCAGGCAAACGGCGUGCCCACGACCACAGCGCCGCGCAGCCCUGCUGCAGUCACGCCAAUGGGUGGCGGCACUGGUGCCGCAUCCGCAUCCGCCGCUGCGAACGCCCUUGCGCUGGCACCGGCACAUAUGGAGGCGUCGCUCAAAGUAGCGCUGUCGCAUGCCCGUGACAGUGCUGGCACAGCUUCGGCCACUGCGGUUGGCAGUGGUCACGACAACGGCCGCGGGGUUGCUUCUAACCGCGGCGCCUCUGGGCCCGGUACGAGCGCAUGGGAGGCGGAGCAGCGCCACCGCAUGGACCGAAUGCUGUCGUACGGCAUCUCACUGGACGAGAUUGAGGAGGAGCUCCUGAGGCGGCGUCAGGCGAAGCUGGCAGCAGAAGCAGCCGCGCUGGGCGAGGCUGCGGCGGCGCUAGCCGCCGGCCGCCGUGAUGUUGUCAGCCCAGCCGCUGUGGCUCCAGCGCAGGCUACCGUUCCCUUGGCGCUGCCCCAGGUCCCGAAGAACGAUACCGGAGCGGGAACGGAGCAGCAGCUCAAGCUAGAGGAGCAGCAGAACCUCUUGCAGCGGCUGCAGGCGCUGCAGUCGCAGCCGCAACUGCCGAUUAAGGCUGACCCAGAUGAACCCAUGGCGCUGGAUGCCCAGGCGCUGCGGCGCCAGCUGCUGCUGGAGCUACUCAAGCAGCAGGCCGGCCGGCAGCAGCAGCAGCUGCCUGUGCUGCAUCAUCAUCAGCAUCUGACGAGGGAGGAGCAGCAGCAGCUGUGUGUGGAGGGCAUGUUGCGUUUGAACACGUAUGCGCCGGCAGGCGCCGGCAGGGGCCUUCCUGACCUGACGCUGCAGGCGGCACCUGCAACUGCCCUGUGUGGCUCAGUGGGCAUGCAGGCAUCGCUACCCUUGGGUGCGCCGCGCGGGGUCGGAGACCUGGACGCAUGGCUCCGCUCCGCUGCGCCUGAUAUGUGGAGCUGAGGUGCACAUGAGAUGGCUUGUGGCCAGCUGUACACAACACCACGGUGUAAUUUUGGAUAACUGCGGUCGCAACCAUUUAAAGACGGCCUUAUUAGUGUCGGACUUAUCUCUUUCGAAAUUUGAAUGGCUGGUGCGCUGCCGCUUCGGUCCUUCGGUCGUGUGUUUCUGAGACCGCAUUGGGCAACAUCCAGUUGCUGCUUGUCGGCUUGGGCGGGGUUGGGUGGGAGUUGCAGCUUGACUCAGCAACACCUGUGUGCUCGCUUGUGUAGAAGCGCAGGGCGAGGUCGGUAGCCGUUUAUGCAAAGCGGGGAGGGGGGUUUGGAUUGGACUGGAGCUCCAGAUUGUGAUAUUGGAACGGGGCCUUCGGCGUGCUCGUCGGCAAUUCAUAGCACUGAGUGGGGAUGGUUGCAAUUCAGGUUGAACAUGGCUGGGCAAGGAUGUUUGCAGCACGCAUUGCUGCCCGGUGUGGUGAAUUUGAUAUGGGCUGACGCACGAACUGUCUUCGGUCCGGUCAGCGUCAGGUUAGGUCGGCUGGUAGAACGCCGGAGUAACAGUGCUGAGGAGUAACUGUACGGUAGAUUGCAUUGGUUACACGAGGGGCGGUUAGGUCAGCGGAGUGACGCAUGUGUGUGGCCGGCCAUACAUACACAGCCAUACAUUCGUAUACAUUCGCCAGUUUCUUGGCCAGUUUGCGACGGAUGGCCCAUAAUGCGGACAUGGGCGCCUGAGAGGAGGAAUCAUCCAAUCUGGGCACCGCUGCUACGGCCCCAAGGCUGCCAGUAUUGGUGGGGUCCUGACGUCCUGUGUCGUCAUAUCGCGGACUGCAACCUCCCCUGACUGCAACACCCUCGCCAUUGGAUUGAACGGACCUGCGACUCAGGGCUCCACGGGGGUAUCUCGCGGACCGGGCACCUAAAGGCUGGAGCCUGGCUGGAGCGAAAGUGAGGAUAGUGCGACAUGCCCCUUUCAAUCUGCCAC